AUGUCAAACUGUGAGCGCAAAUAUUUGCGCCAUAAAAACGGUUUACCAAAUGAGCGACAGUUGGGGAGAAAAAAUCAAAGGAUUAAUAGAGUUGUCACACAUUUAAUUAAGCAGAAGAAGGAUUCUUAUGCGUUAAGUGUAUGUAUUGUUGGCUGUAAUGGAAGUCACGCUUCGAUUCAUUUCUACCCUAAUAUAACUGCUAUCGGGUGUGGAGUCGGGAGGAGAGGGAGUCUUAUGGACAACACGUGCUUUACAUACCAUCCAAACAGUAAUAUAAUGUUUGCCGGCAUUCAAAACGGACGGGUAGUCCAGAAGGGAGAGCAGCCGUGGGCUGUGCUUAUUACUGUUGCGUAUUACCUGGAAUGGGAUUACGACAUCGGAUGUAGUAUUGUGUGCGCCGGCGAUAAAGACGUAAACAUUGCGCCCAUAUUUGCCGACUUGAAGCCCAAACUACCGGCAAAUGUUGAGCCUUUCACCCGAUUUAAGCUCAACAGCUCAGCCAUCUCUGAACUGCCGGCCAAUGUGUUCAGUGGCGUCCCCUUCGCUAAAAUGCAUAUCCAAAACGCUUACGCCUUAAAGCGUGUCCACAGACUGGCCUUCAACGGCACCGAACGCACCGUUCAAGUCAUCAAUUUCUCCAACAGUCCGGUCAGUGAAGUGGUUGUCGGCGAUUGGGAUCUCUUCGGUAAGAUUUAG